AUGCAAGAAAUAUUUUCAGAGUAUCUUGAAGGUCGGUCACAAACAUCAUUCAUCGAAUUGUAUGUUGAGUUCGAGCAAUCUACAGCGGACCGAGAUAUUGAAAUGGAAGAUUACAACAGUGAUAGUGAAGAAGAGUUUGAAAGUAACUACGAGGUUGUUGGUCCAGGUGUAGACGAAGAUCAUGCUAACGAUGCUAUGGUGGGAGACGUGGCGAAUGUGGCAAAUGCACUAGCAAACCAGCAGCCGUUUGAAGAGCCGACUUUCAUGCGGUCAUUGGAUUUGGAGACAAUGCAUGCACCGGAGUUUCCUCAAUAUGUAAAUGCAGCAGAGCUUCCCAUUAUGCCAAAUGGUGAAUUUAUAAUGGGAAUGGAAUUCAGUUCCAGGGAGGCAGUAAUUAAGGUGAUGGAAGAUUAUAAUAUCCGCAGAGGUGGAGAUUAUCGGGUGCAUGAGUCAGAACCGACGGCAUUCUAUGCUAAAUGCACCCAAUAUGGUACAGGAUGUGAUUGGCUGAUCAGGGUGAGCAAAAUGUCCAGAAAGUACUGUUGGGACAUAAGGAGGUACAAUGGUAGUCACACCUGUACUAGGGCCACCAUUUUUCAAGAUCAUUCGAAGCUGAAUUCCAACACAAUUGUAAAAGCAAUAAAGCUAUUGGUAGAAGUUGACCCGUCUAUAAAGGUGAAAUCAGUGAUUGCAGAAGUACAGUCAAAGUUUAACUAUACUAUAAGUUAUCGCAAAGCAUGGUUGGCAAAAGAGAAGGCAGUGGAGUCAAUAUUCGGAGGUUGGGAAGCUUCGUACGAAGCCUUGCCGAUAUGGUUUGAGGCCAUGUGUCACAAGGAGCCAUCCGCAGUCGUUCAUUUUGAAACAAUGCCUGCGUAUCAGGGAGAUGACUUGGUUCCUAAUAUUUGUGUACUGCACCGAGUCUUCUGGAGUUGUUACCCUUGUAUUAGAGCAUUCAGACAUUGCAAGCCAAUAGUGCAAGUAAAUGAAACUCAUUUGUAUGAAAAAUAUAAGGGUUGUUUGCUGAUUGCAGUUUCACAGGAUGGCAACAACAACAUCAUGCCUAUUGCAUUUCAUGUUGUGACACGUGAUGGUGUGGGCCUUAUCUCCGAUCAGCACGAUUCCAUUAGAGCAGCUAUUGCUCGUAGUAACGGAGCUUGGUCUCCUCCCAAAGCAUUCCACAUGUUUUGCAUCAGACAUAUAGAGUCCAGCUUUUUGAGGAAGUUCAAGGCCCCGUAUCUGCAGAAGCUUAUCGUCAACAUCGGAUACUCGCGAACAGUUCGUGAGUUCGAGACACGUUAUCAGCGUUUACGCGAGCGGGGUGAGGCGUAUACCAACUGGUUGGAUCGGAUUCCACGUGAGCAGUAUGCUUUAGCAUUUGAUGGGGAAUAUCGAUGGGGUCAUAUGACCACCAAUCUUAUGGAGUGCAUCAACUCGGUACUAAAAAGGGCUCGCAAUCUUCCAGUCACUGCACUUGUUAAGGCAACAUUUUACAGGCUUAAUGAGUUGUUUACCCAAAAAAGAGCCGAGGCUGAUACUCGAAUUAAUGUUGGACAUAUGUUCUCUGAGCUUGUAACCUUCAAAUUGCAUGCCAAUCAGCGGGCAGCAGGUAACAUCCAAGUUAGUUGCUUUGACCGACAAAAUGAAGUUUUUGAAGUGCGUGAGUGUCCUAGUGGUCUAGAGUAUGCAGUGGACCUCCGUCGACAAUGGUGUGACUGUGGUGAAUUCUAG